AUGCUUGAUUGUUGGGCCUAUUUCUUAUUUGAGCUCCUUUGGUUCAAUGAUAGGUUACUGUUCAUGUAGGGUUAGGAAUUAGGAUACUCAUAACCUCCUUGCCACUUCACGUGUUAUCCGGCCGCCGUCGUCGCCACUGCAUCAAUGAAGGAGCGCCGUGUGUAGGAGCUUCCCCCUCUCACCGACCAGCUGUACCAGCGUUUGUGCAUCGAUGCCCGAUCCCUAUGUGCUGGAUUCCUUCGUUCUCCUCACCUACAGUUAGGAUAACCUAGUACUUCCAUCUUCAACCCGCGAAUUCUGGCGUCGUUACUCUCUCUACUCCAUCGUUAUCUCUGACCUAUCCUAUCUACUGUUCACAUGACGCAGCUACUAUUGACCUGCAUCUACGUUACCAAACAGCUGUGGAGCAAGCUUUACAGUAUUUCCAAGGCUCCAUUUGUUGGUAUAAAUGUAACAAACAGGGAGUGUCUUAACUUGAUACCUCACAAAAAUUCUCAUUCGCUAGGAUGUGGCUUCUAGCAGCCCAAUUUGAAAUACGUCAAUUGAAUCUCAAGGGUGCUCGUGUAAUAUUAGGAAAUGCUAUUGGAAAGGCUCCUAAAGAUAAGGUUUCGAUUUAAAGUGGAGGUUUUUGAUGGGCAAGAUAGUGCUGUCUUCUUGCUAUUUGAUCUUGAGGCAGAGCUUUUAGCUGGCUUUUCAUGUGAAAAGAUUCUGAACACUAUUGAAAUUGAGAAGAAAGUCAUUCAUGAUGGUGAUUACCCAUAUGACAUUGAAGAACGCCUAGCUGGCAAAGAAAUGCUAUUCAAAGUGUGCAACAAUUCUAGGGUUAAGCAUGACCGAGAUGAUUGCUUCCAAAUUCUUAGGAUAUGUACUAACCUUGGCAAAGUUCUCUCCCCCUUUAGUGAGCUGGACAUAACUGGAGAGGAUGGUGAGAUUAGCCUUAAUGUGACUGGUGAAAAAAGUGCAUUGGCUGGUAGCAAUGCAAAGGACAAAGGACCUCACCAUUUACGCAAGAAGUUGCUGAUAGACUUUGAACCAGAUGAAGAAGAUGAUGCUGGACUUGCUGGUAGGGAUGAUGGUACUUUUGCAAAGAUCAGUCCUCUCUCUAAUAUGGCCCGUGAUGCUAAUGGGGAAGGUAAUAUGCCAGAUGCCAUUCAAUCUCAAACCGAUGCUAAAGGCACUGUGAAUUCUGCAGUAGAGACCGGCAUAACUUCUGGUGUGGUUCAUGAACCUAAAACACCUAUGUUUGGAGUUGAAUUGACUACCAAGAACAGCAAAGGUCUGUUUGCAGUUAAGAUUGAGGCAACUGCUGAUGCUGGCGCAGUCCCUCAUGAGGGAGCUAAUUGCAACUCUGGUCUGAAAUCUAUGCCAUUGUUUGGAGAAGAAAGCAUAGAGGCCCCCUUGACUAUGAAUUCUACUAAGAAGAAUCUGAAGAUUGAAGUUUCCCACGUUGAAGUUGAAGAAGUUCUGAACAAGAUGGUUGAUGAUUCUCACAUAAUUGUCAUAUCAGAUGAUGAGGAUGAUGUUGGUGCUUGAUGCAUAUCUUAGCUUAUUAUCUACAUGGAAGAUGGAGGACGUUAGUUGUCCUCUCUUGCUAUAAAAGAUGAAGAUUGUCUUCUAAGACAACUGCCACCAAGGGCUUUCUAUUUUGCUACUAUUAUCAUCUACUACUAUUAGGUCUUUUUGAUGGGUGAAUUAGAACUUGCCACUGUGCUACCAGCAUAGUUACACACUCCAAUUUGAUGUUGUGUACUUAGGUAUAUGUAGUUUGCAUUGGAUGUAUCCUGAAAAUGCUGUAAUGCAACCAUAUGUAUUAAUUAAAUAACUUCCAUGUUCAAAAGUUUAUGUUCAGCUUCCAGUUUAAAUCA